GCUCCGCUCGGGCCGGCCAUGGCGGCGCUUCACGGGGCGGCUGCCAAGGCCGGCGCCCCGCCGCAGAUCCCGGACACCCGCCGCGAGCUGGCCGAGCUGGUCAAGCGCAAGCAGGAGCUGGCGGAGACGCUGGCCAACCUGGAGCGGCAGAUCUACGCCUUCGAGGGCAGCUACCUGGAGGACACGCAGAUGUACGGCAACAUCAUCCGCGGCUGGGACCGCUACCUCACCAACCAGAAUUGUUCUCUGUCUAGGAACUCCAACAGCAAGAAUGAUCGACGGAACCGGAAAUUCAAAGAAGCUGAGCGCCUCUUCAGCAAGUCCUCUGUCACCUCAGCCGCUGCAGUCAGCGCGCUGGCAGGAGUUCAAGACCAGCUAAUUGAAAAACGGGAGCCUGGGAGUGGGACCGAGAGCGACACCUCCCCAGAAUUCCACAACCAGGAAAACGAGCCAAGUCAGGAGGAAGCGGAAGAGCUGGACGGCUCUGUUCAAGGUGUAAAGCCCCAGAAAGCCGCUUCUUCCACCUCCUCGGGCAGCCACCACAGUAGCCACAAAAAACGGAAGAACAAGAACCGACACAGUCCGUCUGGCAUGUUUGAUUAUGACUUUGAGAUUGAUCUCAAGUUGAACAAGAAGCCCCGCGCUGACUACUAGACUCCUCUGCAGUGAAACUUCCGGGGUUGGCCCCUC